UGUCACGAAUGCGCGACUUGAUACAUCUUCCUGGGCUAUGGGUGUCACCGGCUUAUGGGAAGUGGUCAAGGAAUGCGGUCGUCCGAUCAAAAUCGAAACGUUAAAUAGGAAGCGUCUGGCGGUUGAUGCCUCCAUCUGGAUCUACCAGUUUCUCAAAGCCGUUCGCGAUAAAGAAGGCAAUGCGCUACGUAACAGUCAUGUGGUCGGGUUCUUCCGUCGUAUAUGCAAACUACUUUUUAUCGGAAUAAAGCCGGUCUUCGUAUUCGAUGGCGGCGCUCCUAUCCUGAAGAGACAAACAAUCAGUUCUAGAAGGUCACGAAGAGAAGGACGGCGUGACGAUGCAGUACGAACAGCUGGAAAACUCCUAGCUGUGCAGAUGCAGAAAAGAGCCGAAGAGGAGGAACAAAAGCGCAAAGAUGUCUUGGAAGGUUCUCGACACAAUGAGGAAGAGGAGGAGCUUCCGGACAAUUUGGUGUACGUGGACCAGAUUGGGAUGACAGCACAAGAGCGACAGCAAAGCAAAAAGUUUCGCAAAACGGAUGCUUAUCAUUUACCCGACUUAGACGCCUCGAUGGCUUCUAUGGGUGCGCCAAACGAUCCACGCAUAAUGUCUCUCGAAGAAUUGGAACAAUACGCGCGGCAAUUCGAGCAGGGCGAAGAUAUCAGCGUGUACGACUUCUCCAAGAUAGAUUACGAUAGUGCAUUCUUUACAAGCUUGCCUGAGGCAGAUCGCUACAACAUCUUGAAUGCCGCGCGUUUGAGAAGUCGACUUCGUAUGGGAUAUUCGAGAGAGCAACUCGAUGUCAUGUUUCCGGACAGGAUGGCAUUCUCGAAAUUUCAGAUUGAUCGUGUCAAGGAGCGUAAUGAACUUACGCAGCGUCUCAUGAACAUUAAUGGCAUGAACGAACAAGGUAUGCUUGGCGUCAAUGGAACUAGCAGAGUUGCCGGUGAACGAGGUCGCGAGUAUGUCUUGAUCAAGAAUGAUGGCGUCGAAGGUGGCUGGGCUUUAGGCGUCGUUAGUAGCAAGGAUGAUGGUCAGCGCAACAAGCCGAUCGAUAUCGAUGAGCUGGAUAAGAAGGAAGCAGAGGAAGAAGAAGAGGACUGGGAAGACGAUGAGGACUUCGAAGACGUUCCAAUCGAGGGUCUCAAUCGACUUCCGAAACAACGACCUUCUGAUAUUACUCUCUCGCACCAAGCCCCUUCAAGAGCAGAUGGACUUGCAAAGAGGAGAGCAGCACUCUAUAGUUCACGUCGGCAGAGUAAUUCGAGACGAGUGUCUCGCAUGAAUAGAUCUCAUCCGGCAGACCCUGAGUCGCUAUUUAUUGCCGAAGAUGCAGGUGAAGAAGACUUGGAAGUUAUGAAAGCCGAUCACAGCGAUGACGCAGCAGAAGAGUAUGACACACAUGCAUACAAUGAAGAUGAAGAAUUGGAGCGUGCUAUAGCUAUGUCUAUGCAGCAAGGAGAUGAUAUACCUGGUCCACUAGCUAACAACAUGGACAUGGAUGUUGAUAAUGAUUACGAAGAAGUAUUCCGCCAAUCUCGCGUCGAUGAAGCAAAACCCUUUACGAGAGGGAGUGGAAUGUCCAUUGCUCAUAUGGCAAACGCUCGCAGCAACAAGGCCGCGGUAGCGCCUGAUGUUGUGAGUGAGGACGAAGAUCAUAUCGACUUUCAAGCUGCGCUUGCCGAGUCAAGGCGAUCGAAACGAACAUCGAGCCCUACCAGGCAGAAAGGCGAGAGCAAGAAGAAGAUGCAAGACCUUGAAGAGGACCGUGCUGGCGGCUUCGAAAAGAAAGAUGCGGGUCCAAAGACUAAAAAAGGGGAACCAUUACCACCAUGGUUUGCCGGCAAGCUCGAUGAUGAUCUAGCUGCGUCCAAAGCUCGGGAGGACGAAGAAAGAGAUAAAGAAUCUAAAGAACUGAGUUCCAACUUUCAAUUUCAAGAGAUACCCACUCUACGUAAAGAACACCCUGGUGAUGUCAUUGAUCUCGAGGCGCCGGAGGCAUCUGCCAGACAAGCGAUAUUCAUCGACUCUUCAGAUGAUGAUGAGCCUGAGGGUCCAAGUAUGAAGGAAUCUGUCACGGAAGAAUCGGAAAUCAAAAUGGGAGAUUUGGCUGACAAGGUCCGAGUCGAGCCGCCGACAAUGUUGACUGCAGACGUUCGACCAGAUCCUGCCUCAACGACGACUCUCAAUCUUUUGGUCGAGGAAGCUGAAGAAGAACCGCUAGACUGGGAGGCAAGUGAUAACGAGAUAUCGACGUCAAAGGGUCACAUUACUCCUGCAGAUGACCCCGGGGAAGUCACAACAAUUCCUUAUACACGGUCUCCAAUCAUCUCAUUUGAAGAUCGGAUACCAGAUGACGUGGAAGCUGUAAAUAAUCAAGUGCAGCUUGAGGACGCCAAGUCACUGAGCCCCGAUUUCGAAGACGUUCCGAUGAAAGGAAGUGGCAACUUUCCUCUUACCAAUGUGGCGCCUAUACUUGUUGAGGGAGAUGUAGCAGCCGAAAGCGGGUCUAUGCCUGCAGCUGAGAACACCAAUCACCAACUAUUUGAGGAGAUUGAUGAGGAAGAAGAAGACGGAGCCCUGUACUCUGAUCCUGAAGACGAGGCUCUCUUCCUCCAACUGGCAGCUGAAACUGAAGAACACGCACGAUUUGUCUCAACGUUUAACAACAAAACUCAGGAACAGAACGCGCGCGACUACGAUCAAGAGCUAAGGCAACUACGCAAUCAGCAGAAGAAAGAUCGCCGAGAUGCAGAUGAAGUCACGCAAACAAUGAUUACAGAAUGUCAGCAACUACUUGCUCUUUUCGGCUUGCCAUACAUUACCGCUCCUAUGGAAGCUGAGGCGCAGUGCGCGGAGUUAGUCCAAUUACAACUUGUGGACGGUAUAGUUACUGAUGAUUCCGACUGUUUCUUGUUCGGUGGUAACAGGAUCUACAAAAACAUGUUCAAUCAGGCCAAGCAUGUCCAGUGCUAUCUAACUCCAGAUAUAACCGAUGAGCUAGGUCUCGACAGAAAAAAACUAAUAGCAAUUGCUCAGCUACUAGGCUCAGAUUACACUGAAGGUCUUCCAGGUGUUGGGCCGGUCUCAGCGCUCGAAAUAUUGUCAGAAUUCGGCGAUCUGGAGUCCUUUAAAAGAUGGUGGAAUAGUGUGCAAGAUGGUAGCUUGCCCAUCUCGGCUGAAACAUCUGCAUUUCGAAAGAAGUUCCGUCGCGCACAAGGCAAGAAACUGUUCCUACCCCUGUCAUUCCCCGAUCCUAGGGUAGAAGAGGCAUAUCUGAAGCCUGAAGUGGACAAAGAUCCGUCCCAGUUCCAGUGGGGUGUACCAAACCUAGAGGCACUGCGAGACUUUCUCAUGGCUACGAUUGGUUGGACGAGGGAGAGGACAGACGAAGUUCUCGUACCAGUCAUCAAGGAUAUGAACCAAAGAGAGACUGAGGGUACCCAAGCAAAUAUCACAUCGUUCUUUGAAGGCGGUGUUGGCGCCGGAUCUUUCGCACCCCGAGUACGGGAAGGUGGAACUAGUGCGCGAAUGGCGAAUGCGCUGAGUCGAAUUCGUAACCAAGCCAAAGAUGGCACAGCCGGGAACACUCGCUUAGAUGUCGCUGAAGAAGCUGGAGAAGCGAAGCAAACGAAAGACAGAAAGACAGCUACCAAGCGCAAAGCUAGAACUUCUGAUUCGAAAGCCAAAGAGACCCGCACAUCAGAAUCCGCAUCAGAGGGCAAUGGCGAAAUGCAGCCCAAGAAGAAGCCCAAGAGAAGAUCGAAGGCCCCGGGAUAG